UGGAAGACACCAAAAAUAAUGAUGAGUUAUCUUCGAUAAAGCAAGAGGAAGACCCUGUGCAGAAUGACGGACCCCCUCCAAAAGCAAGCCUGAUGGACCUCUACCAGUAUUUGACUGGCGCAUACAAAACACUGUUCUUUGUUGGAUGAAUUUCAGCUUUUGUUGGAGGUGAGACAUCUUUAAGACUUUUUGAUAUUAGAUUUCAGAUCAAUAUGUUAAUUUAGAGAUUUCUGGUUUAUAUGAGCAAUCACUAUUAUUUUCAAGCCUAUUUAAUAGAAGCCCUCGUUUGCUACGAGAAAAUCUCGCUUAGACAGUUGGUCUCCGAGCUAAAGAAAUUUUCCCCCCUUUAAGUGUUUCAGUUUGAUAUCUAAUAAUAGAUCAAUAUCUAAAUUUCACUAUGAGUGGUGAUGGUUACUAGCAUCUCUUAAGAGAUAUGAUCACCCAUUGUUAAUAUUUUGAGCAGGAGAUCUCCUUGCUUGCUUUCCUCCUCUAAGUCUUAGCUAGAGCACCUUACUAACUGACAUAUAUAGGGUUCAACUUUCCUGUCUGCACUUAUAUAAUUCAGAGAAACUUUGACAAAAUGGGAGGAGACGAUAUGGAUUAUAUUCAUGAUAAAAUGAUUGACAACUCUUGGCUAUUUAUGGGAGUUGCUGGAGCAUCUUUUUUCCUAAACUUUAUUCAGUACACAUGCUUCACUCUGAUUGGGCAAAAGAUAAACUUUGAAUUAAGGUGGAGAUAUUUAAGAGCUCUUCUCAGACAGGACAAUAUGUGGUAUGAUAACCAAAACAUUGAAGGCAUUCCAUCUACUUUUCAUAAAAAUAUGAAAGAAAUCGAAUCUGGACUUGGAAGAUGAGUCGGAUUCAUCAUAUAUGCUUUUGGAUCAUACUUUUGUGGAAUAGCAAUAACUUUUUCAAUUGCAUGGAUUUUCUUGUUCACUCUCUUUUCAAUUGUUGUUUACUCAACAAUAUUGUAUCUCUUCGUGGAAUCUACUCUAAAUAGUGUCCAAAAGAUCAUCGAGUCUACCUUUAAAAAGGGAGGUGCCCAGGCAGAAGAAUCUUUUAAUGCUAUUAAGGUCAUCAAAGCCUUCAGACAAGAAAAGAACUGUUCGAAUGAAUUUCUUAUGCAUCUGGAGAAGAACAACAGUAAAAUAAUGGGCAAAUCUUGGAGUUAUGGAGCAGCAUUUGCUCUGCUUGAGACAAUAACCUACCAUUUCAUUUGCUAUGCAUUUGUGAUUGGAGGUUUCUUUAUUUCAGAGAAGGUCAAUAACUCAUUCCCAGGAGAGUCAUAUACUGGAGGAGAUAUAUUUUCUUGUAUUUGCUUUUUAUGUGGCAAUUACUUCUUUUGCAAUUCUAUGAGAAAUAUGCUCCUUUUCAGUAAAGGAAGAGAGGCAGCUUAUCCAAUUAUUGAACUGAUAAAAAGAGUCCCAAAAAUUACUUUAGAUGAUGAAACUGCUUCGGAUAUUAAUGGGAUAUCAGAAGGCAUUAAGUUCAAUAAUGUUUCAUUUAAGUACCCUAAAACUUCAAGAAAUGUGCUGAAUGGAGUUACGAUUGAUGUCAAAAAGGGUCAAACACUUGGAGUUAUUGGACCAUCUGGAUCAGGAAAAUCAACAAUUGCUAAGCUUUUAGAAAGAUUCUAUGAUCCAAGUGGAGGCGAAAUACUAAUUGAUGGACAAAACCUAAAGUCUAUCAAUUUAAGAAAGUAUAGAAAUUUAAUUGGUUAUGUUGGGCAAGAGCCUUGUCUUUUCAAUGAAACUAUUAGAGAAAAUCUCCAGAACUCUAAUCCAGAAGCAACUCAAGAAGAUAUCAUCAGAGCUCUUCAAAAUGCCCAUGCAUGGGAAUUUGUUGAGCAUCUUGAUGGUGGUAUUGAUCAUAGUGUUGGAGCUGUUGGAAGCAAACUAUCAGGAGGGCAGAAGCAGAAAAUAGCAAUAGCUAGGGCAUUAGUGAGAAAUCCUCAAAUAUUAAUUUUUGAUGAAGCAACAAGUGCUCUUGAUACUAAGAGUGAGAUAAAAGUUCAAAAAGCAAUAGACUCUAUUCAAGGAGACUCUAUCACUAAAAUUGUUAUUGCUCAUAGACUCGCAACCAUAAAGAAAGCAGAGAAUAUCAUUGUCCUUAAGGAUGGGAAUAUUGUCGAAGAAGGAGAUCAUGACAAACUCAUUAGAAUCAAUGGAACCUAUGCUAAAAUGACCAAAAUACAAGAUAAAGCUAACAGAACAAAGGAAGCCCUACUAUUAAAAGAAACGCAACCAAUAGCUCAUGACAAUAACAUUGAGCCUGAUAGAGAGGAAUUUGACGAGACUAAAUCUCAGAAAGAGUCUUUAGUAAAUGAUCAUAGAAGAGAAGAUUGUAAAAAAGACGACUUAGAAGAAUCUGAAGGAACUAUAUCAGUUUUAAAGCAAGUUUAUGAAUAUGCCUCACCAAAGUGAUUCAUAUUUUUAAUGUUAAUCGGAGCUACUCUUGUUGCUUUGACUUUGCUAACAAUGCCAUAUCCUUUUUCUAAAUUGUUGUAUACCAUUUUACAAGAUGAUAGUACUGGGGAUGAUAUUAAGAAAGACAUGGCCACCUACCUUCCAAUUAUUUUUGGAAUGGGAUUAAUUGCAGCACUACUUCAAUUUUUCACAAGAGCAAUGCUUCAUGUAGUCAAUACCAAUUUACUCCAAGGAGUUAGAAGAUUUGUCUAUGAUCAUAUCAUAUAUCAGCCGGUUCAGUUCUUUGAUCAUAGGGAUCAUAAUACUGGAAACCUAACUGCUAUCCUUUCAUCAAGUACAAGAGAAUUAAACGGUGCUGCAGUUGAGUUGUAUUUAUUCAUUUUCCAAUCAUUUGCAAGUAUGAUUGGUGGAAUAGUCUUUGGAUUUAUCUUUGAGUGGAAUAUAGGGUUGUUAUUCUGAUUAAUCACCCCAAUCUCAUGAAUUUCCAUGGGUACAACCUUCGCUCUCCAAUCUAGCUCUCAGAGUAGUUAUAAAGAAUCUAUAAGUAAACAAGAAAAGAUGAUAUCUGAUUAUAUUUUGAACUAUACUACUGUUUUAUCUCUUGCAAACGAAGAUACUAUCGUAUCUAGAUACUUUUCCGAAGAUAACUCAGAAGAAAUCAGCUUCAAAGUUAAAAGAGAAAAUCUUAACGAAGCUUUAGGUCCUGGCUUUGUGUACGGGUUUGGAUUUUCGUUCUUUAUUCUCUCUUUUUCCUUAUUAGGCUUUGUGUCAGCUCAUAAUAUUAAAUCAGGUCAUGAUCCAGAAGACCAAUUAAGAGGCACCUUGGGUUUCUUAUUUGCAUUUUUGUCAGUAUCUUAUCUCAUGAGUAAUCCUCCAGAUUUUGGAAAGAGUCUUCAAGCUGUUAAUAAGAUAUUUGGUCUUAACAAAUAUCCAAUGGAAGGACACCCUGAUUGCCCUGUUAAAAAUGGGGAAGAUGACUGAAAUUCUGAAGAAAUCACUGGAGUUAUUGAGUUCCAUAAUAUUUAUUUCAAAUACCCAAGCUCUAAGACGGAUAACUGGAUUUUAGAAAACUUCAACCUGAAGAUAAAUGAAGGAGAGAGUAUUGGCUUUGUUGGAGAAUCUGGAUGUGGAAAGAGUACAAUUACAGCCCUGCUUUUAAGAUUUUAUGAACCACAACUUGGAUAUAUCACCAUUGGAGGAAGAAAACUACAAGAGUUCACUUUAUCCUCUGUCAGAGCUCACUUCGGGUUUGUUCAACAAGAGCCUAUUUUGUUCAAUACAACCAUUAUGGAAAAUAUCUUAUUCGGAAAGCCCCAUGCUACUUGCCAGGAGAUUGAAAAUGCAGCAAAAAUAGCUAAUUGAGAUGAAUUCAUUCGAAGAAAAGAUUUUCAAGGUCAACCUGAUAAGGAAACUUUCACAGACAAUGGAAUUAAGAAUGAUGCUAGAUACGAAAGCCUAGAUGAAGGCUACAGAGUCAUUUGUGGUUCCAAAGGUAGCAGACUUUCUGGAGGUCAGAAACAAAGAGUUGCGAUCGCUCGUGCUAUUAUCAGUGACCCAAAGUUCCUGAUCCUUGAUGAAGCAACCUCAGCUUUAGAUGAAAAUUCUCAGAAAGAAGUUCAGGAUGCACUAGAUGAGAUCAUGACUCAAAGAACUUCUAUAGUAAUUGCCCAUAGGCUAAGUACCCUUGAUAAAUGCAAGAGAAUAGUAACUAUAGAAAGAGGUAUAAUUGUCAAAGAUGACUAUACUAAUCAAAGUUAAGUUAAUUAUUCAAUG